AUGGGGGAUACCCUGGUGACAUCAACGGGAAGAACAAGAGAAGGAGGAGGACCUUCUUCAAUACAAUGCCCCGUGCUGAACUCAACAAAUUAUACGGUAUGGGCCAUGAGAAUGAAGAUCUUACUCAAAGUACAUAAAGUCCGGGGAACCAUUGAAACAGAAACGGAAUCGAACGACGAUGAGAAAAACAUUAUGGCCACAACCCUGUUAUUCCAAUCAAUCCCCGAUGCGCUUAUCCUGCAGGUUGCAGAGUUAGAAACAGCAAAGAAGGUAUGGGAGGCCAUCAAGGCGAGACAUGUAGGAGCAGAAAGAGUCAGAGAAGCUAGGUUACAAACAUUAAUGGCUGACUUUGAUCGACUUAAGAUGAAGGACACCGAGAAAAUUGAUGAUUUUGCCGGAAAGCUGUCUAAAAUAUCAUCAAAAUCAGCCGCCUUAAGAGAAAAUAUUGAAGAGCCAAAACUUGUUAAAAAAUUCCUUAAAAGCCUCCCUCGCAAGAAAUAUAUACACAUUGUGGCUUCGCUCGAACAAGUGUUAGACCUUAACACCACGAGGUUCGAAGACAUCUUAGGGCGUAUAAAAGCCUAUGAAGAACGUGUCUGCGACGAAGAAGAGACUCAAGAAGAUCAAAGCAAAUUAAUGUAUGCAAACAUGGAAACUCAAUCAAAUCGCGGCUCCAAUGGUGAAUAUAGAGGUAGAGGUCGCGGAGGACGGUUCUAUAAUAGGGGAAGAGGUCGCGGACGAUUCAAUGGAGCAAGAGAACUGUCAAAAUUAGUAUGCUCCCGUUUCGAAAACAGAGGCCAUUAUGCCUCAAACUGUCCAGAUCGAUUGCUUAAACUGCAACAAACACAAGAGGAUGACAACAAUGAUACACAAGACGCAGAUGAGCUUAUGAUGCACGAGGUGGUAUACUUGAACGAGGGAAAGGCUGUACCAAGUAAAUAUGAAGUAAACACUAGAGAUGAGAAUAUUUGGUACCUUGACAAUGGAGCUAGCAACCACAUGACUGGAGAUGGACGGUACUUCUCCAAGAUUGAUGAUUCCAUUACCGGAAAGGUGAAAUUUGGUGAUGAUUCACGCAUAGACAUCAAAGGGAAAUGA